GGUCCGCGGCCCGCCUGCGUUAGCGUUCCUAGCGGUUGGCGUCCGAGGGCGCUGCAGCGGUUUGCGGGGGUGGCGUCUCCGUCCCCCUGUUCCACUGCAUGGCUGCCAUGGCUCCCGCUCUGACCGACGCCCCGGCCGAAGCUCACCGCAUUCGCUUCAAGCUGGCACCGCCCUCCUCCGACCUCUCGCCCUCCGCCAGCGCCACCAGCGAGAACAACAGCAACGCCACCAACAUCCUGCUCUGCCACCACAACGCAACCUCCACCGGCGGGGUCGUCGCCGCCUCCAACGGAACCAGCAGCAACACCCCCUCCCCCACUGCCAUCGUCACCCCGAAACGCCGCAUCACCAACGGGGCUGACCAUCACCACCACCACCACCAUCACCGCUACCACCACCACCACCACCCCAGUGCCCAGGACAAGGGGCUGCUGCGCAGGGACGUGUCGCCCCUGCCGGUGCCUGUGCCCAAGCCUCCGGCGCUGGGCAAGCUCCAGCCGCUGGUGGCCUCCUACCUGUGCUCCGAUGUGACCACGGUCCCCUCGUCCACGCAGCAGGCCAAGGAGUCGCUCAAGUCGCUGCAGCAGGGCUGCACGUCGCUCAUCCAGCAGACCGUGCUCAAGACGCACCACCAGCAUCAGCAGACCCUGCAACACCACCAGGGCGUGGGGCUGUUUGCCGCCACGGCCGGCGGAGAGGCGGCGCUGCUCCGCAAGAGGCAAGCGCUGGAGAUCACGGGAGGCCAGCUGCAGGGACUGCUGAGCGGGGGUGGCGAGAGGACGUCGCCGACCCCCCCUGGCCUUGUUGCUGGUGCCGGUAGCGCCACCACCACCAUCUCUACCACCACAACCCCCAAUAACCACCACAGCAACAGCAACAAUAUGCCCAUCAACGGACUAGCCAAAAAGAUGGCUACCAACGCCACCACCGGCAACGCUGGGGUGGUGAACGGAGGAGGGAGUGCUGGGAAGGCUGUAGCUGGUGUGGAGACACCGGGUCAGGCUCCUAAAGGGGGUCCAGUGACCAGGAACGGUGGGGGUCUGUCGAGGGUGCAGCCGCAGGGCAGGGGGGUGCAACAGCACCAGAACGUCCAGCAGCAGCAGCAGCAGCAACCUGCCACUCAGGUUGGCGGAGGAGUGGAGGACCCUCCCCAGCCCCCUACCAGCCCCUCGUCCCCCAUCCCCUCUCUCUCCCUCGCACCCCAUAACAAUGGCACUUCGCCCCCUGCCCAGAACUGCCAGAGCGCUGCCACCACUGCUUCUUCUUCAGGGCAGCAGCCAGAGGGCGAGCAGCAGCAGCAGCAGCAGCAACAGCAUCAUCCCAGCAGCACGGUCUCCACACCCAACACCACGUCCACAGACCCCAGGCCUGGACUGCCACCUGGCCCUCCUCCUGCAUCCUCCUCCAGCUCAUCCUCCUGCCUUGCCCCACGGCCCCCCUCCCCAGCCACAGUGGCCCUACAGCUGCAGGAGCGCACGCAGCACACGCAGCGGCGCCAGGCGGACAUUGAAGGCCGUCUGCGGCGCCUGCGCAAGCGGCUGCAGGUGGUGCAGGCCAAGCAGGUGGAGAGGCACGUGCAGCAGCAGGUCUCGGGGCUGGUGGAGAAGACGACCAGCUGCAGCCAGCAGCGAAGUGCCGGGGGCGGCAGCAUGGGUAUCGGCGGUGGCGGAAUGUCUGGACGCCUUGCCAGCGCCGCCUCCGCUAAGGCUUCGGUCUCGGACCCCUGGGGCCGCCAUGUGGACCCUUCCACUUCCGCCUUGGUGGCGUCCGCUGCUGGCGUGUCUGCCUCCACUUCCUCGCCGUUCUCCGCUGCCUCCACUUCCUGUUCUGGUGGUGCGUCGUCUUUGAUGUCGUCCAUGUCGUCGUCGGGGGCCGUGGCGAGCUUCCUGAAGAGCGGCGCGGUGCCGGCGGACCUGGAGCGGCUGCACCUGAGCGGCAGCACCUUCCUGCGCUCGGCCGAGGCCGCAUUUGACUCGGACGCCACCGAGAGCAGCUCGGGUGGGGAGUCGGACGUCGAGCAGGACCAGGUGGUGCGCGCCGACCCCGACAAGCGACACGUCAAACUCUGGAGGAGGGCGGAGGGUCGCUAUGCGGUGGAGCGGGCGGCCAUCAUCAGCCACUGGAACUGGCUACAGGCCCACGUGUCCGACCUGGAGUACCGCAUCCGCCAGCAGGCCGAGAUCCACCGACAGAUUCGCGCCAGCAAGGGUGCUGUGGAGCUGGGCGACCCUGCUCCCUCCGAACCGUCGACACAGAUGGAACUGUCACCACGCACCACGCCUGAGGAUGUGGAGUGUGCGAAGGCGGAAACCCCCGCUGCAGAGGCCAGUCGAACUAGAACUUGUAACACCCUCAACGGCAUCCCAAACAGUGCUGAGGAGUCUCCUGACCAGAAGCCCCUGGUCCUGACCCCUGACCCCACCUGUGUGGCGGCCCGCACGCGCCCUCUCCUCAGCUGCCGACGCCGACGACUUGUGCACCCCAACGCCGUCCCCAACCUCUCUGGGAAGGUCCAGAGGAGUUGUGUGUCUGGCGGCUGCAGGGUAAACUCGUCGUGUCUGACGUGCGGUGGCGUUCGGCCUCCCCAGCCAGUGCCCACGCCGCUGGAGCUGUCUCUGGCCGAGCGCCUGGCCCACCUGGACAACGGCAUCCACCCCAUCCUCUCUCUGCCCUCAGACACCAAGUUGAGCAUGCAUGUGCAGCGUCUGCUUAAGGCUCAGGGCCAGAGCAGUCGCUCGGAGCGUCAGAAGCCACUGAAGAGGCACUCGCUCAAACACAAGAUCUCGCUUGGCGGCCUUCGCCUCCCCCGCCCCUCCUCCUCCUCCUCCCCCUCCGCCAGGCACAAGCACAAGCUCGGCAACGCACACAUGGCUGCAGUCCGGCUGGCCCACCAUCGAAAGAGCCGUCUGGAGCGCUCUCACCACGGCUUGGGGGUCGAGAGGAGCAGGAGUGUGUCCAAGAUGGAGGCGCGUACGCCCACGCACACACCCUGCCGACCGGGACGCCUGCACGAGCGCAGCCAGAGCCGCAAGAGGCCGCGGGAGCUUUCUGCCGACAGAAACGAUGGUCUGCGACAGCAGCUGGAGUCGAUCAGUCCGUCUGUGUCAGUGUCCAGUGGACCCCCCUCCACACCCAGCCCCCUCACCCGCCAGCUCUCUCUGCCCAGCGAGAUGUCCACCCCACUGGGCUUCGGCAGCCAGCCUGGCAGCGCGCAGCCAAUCCGACGCAGGAGGGGUGAGAGUUCGUUUGACAUCAACAACAUCGUCAUCCCCAUGUCUGUGGCGGCCACCACCCGUGUGGAGAAACUCCAGUACAAGGAGAUCCUCACGCCAAGCUGGAGGAAGGUGAACGUGCUGGAUGAGCCCACUGCUGAGGACGAGGAGGAUGUAGAGGUUGAGGACCUGUCAGACAUGGCGUUUGUUCAGCACCACCUUCCCCUGGAGGAGCAAGAGCGAUCCCGCUGGUCAUGGAGGGCACUCGCACCCGCUACCAGGAGGGGCAGCAGGUUGUUCAAGUCUCUAGACGGUCGGAGCACGCCGUUGCUAGGGGGAACCAACCCUUCCACGCCGCAGCCGUCGUCUCCGGACAUCUCGCACUUCCACGUGCUGCAGGACUACGGGCCGCUCGCGUCCCCCAUGAGCCCCCCCAGCCCCGACACCCCCUCCUCGCGAGACUCGCACACACGCUGCUCCACGCCAGACUUUACCUACGAGGAGCGGACGGUGGUGCCGUGGGAUCGGCGCAGCUUCCCGCUGUCCGAGGACCCUAUCAUCGUGGAGGAGGAGGAGCCCAGCGGCAACGAAGGAGAGUCCCCCCCACACACCUCAGGCCGCAUGAGGGCGGAGUCAGAAUGUGACCCUCUAUCACCGUGACAACAGCAUUGUGAAUACCGUUUGCUGAUACAGACUGCUCACCCACUCUAGCAUUAAGACGAAGAAGAAGAAAACAAAACAAAUGAAAAAGAAAAAAAAACAACGCUUCAACUCGCAAAAGAAUGAUUAAAGGACUUCUGCUGUUUGAUAUUCAAACACCAGCCAAAUAUCUUCACAGUUUUUAGUGAACAAUAUGGAACAUCAGUAAAAAACCUGUCCACCA